AUGAUUUGCAUUUAUAAAAGAGAAAAUUAAAUUGGGAAUGAUGGAGCUUCUGCUAUUGGUAGAGCACUUGCGGCAAUAACAUCGGUGAUAGAAUAGAAUAGAAAUACUCGCACAUAUAAAUGCACUCAGAAUAAAUCUUAAAAAAAUAUUAAUUUAUGUUAGUUAUAUAUAAUUUUAUUUAAGAAUUUUAACAUCGGUGAUUAAGGAGCAUAAAAUAUCGGUUUGGGUUUGAGUAACUGCACUCUACUUACAAAUUUAGAAUUUUUGAUAGUGUAAAUUUAUUUCAUUUAUAACUUUAAAACAAAAUAUUUCUAAGCUUUUUUACUCAAAUUUGAAUUAAAUAAACAAAAUUUAUAAAAUGUCUUAAAUGCUUAAUUAAACAUGAUUUGUAUUAAAAAAAGAAAAAAUUAAAUUGGGGAUGAUUGA